AUUAAAUUUGCUGUACCGGUCCCACUUGGCUCCACGACACAAGAGACCCUGGCACCAGCUGCACUCAAGAGCUUCGCCGCCAUGAGUACAUCGGGACCUGCUAGCACCGCCAAUGGCAUCAGCGAGAAGGACCUGCCCGAGCACGGACGAGACAUGCUGCUAGGGGCGCUUAGCGGCGGGGGUCGCUGCCGCCGGCGCCGUCCAGCACGUCGUCGGUCAAUGGAUCAGAGCGCACGUCGUCCAUGACGGGCCUCACGCGCCAAGCGUCAACGACGUCGACAACGUCAGAGCUCAAGUCGGUGCGUGGCCCGCCGACGCACGAGGUGCAUUGGGAGGGUUACGUGCGCAAGAAGGGCGACUGGCUUCCGCGCUGGGAAGAGCGCUACCUCGUGCUCGACGGCGCGAGCCUUACGUACUACAACACCAAGGACGAAGCGCGCAGCGGCCGGAACCUCCGUGGCCGCAUGAUCAUCACACGCGUUUUGCCCGAAAACUAUGGCAAGGCCCAUGGCUUUCUCAUCGAGACGAAGGGCCACAAGCAUUUCCAUCUCUGCUGCACAACGGAGCUCGAGAAGGACAUGUGGGUCGAGAUGAUGCAGGCAGCGAUCGACGAAGGCAUCUCGCACCCGCCGCACUUGACGACGCAGCAGUCGUCGGGCACGUUCGAAGCCACCGUCUCGUUCCAGGCGUCGCCGACGCAGGUCGACCUCCGCUCGUUCUACAGCGCGUUCCGGAAGCUCCUCAUCUCGCACUCGUCGUCGCCGCAGUUUUUCCCCAAGCUCAGCCGCGACGUGGUCUUGACAAGCAAUUACGCGCCGACCGUGCCGUUCUGGGGCGAGUACCACGGCUUGGACGGCGUCUUGCACUUCUUUUCGAUUCUGUACGAGACGGUCGAGUUCACGUCCUUCUUCGUGACCGACAUUGCGCAGGCCGCGCAGGGCUCGACCGCCGUCAUCGCCGGCCGCGAGACGAUGAAGAACAAGCACAACAACCGCAAGUUCACGCAGCAGUGGCAGCACACGAUCGAGUUUGCGCCCGACGGCCGCGUCAAGAGCCUCACCAUCACGGCCGACCCGGUCGCGGCGUCCGCGGUCUUUGGCUGCAACGCGACGUCGAGCCUGAGCCUCCCGAUCGCGUCGGUCAUUGGCAACACCAACCAAGACAACCCGGCCGGCGUCGUGCACGUGCACGUCCUCCGAGGCGAGCAGAUCGGCGGCCUCAGCGACGACGACGAGACUGGCGUCGUCGUCCAGCGCCGCAUCUUCCUCGGGCUCCGGCUCAUCGUCGACGGCAAGACCAACGUGUAUGCGCCGACGUCGUCGGCCAACUGCGUGAGCAAAACGGCCUGCUCGACGCUCGAAGCGUCGCCCGACCCCGUGUGGGACUCGCCGCACGAGCUCGCGUUCCAGGGCCUCAACCGCGGCAAGCCGUGCUUUAUGCUCAUCGAGGCGUGGGGCUUCGUCGACGAGAGCACGAAGGAGGAGCUCAUUGGCGUCGCCAAAGUCAACCUCGCGCCGUUCCUCGCGCUCGCGAGCAGCUCGCGCUCGGUGCGCGAGAGCGUCGUGCACAGCGACAUUGCGCGCGGGGCGGUGCCGCAGUGGUACACGCUCCUCUCGGCCUCGGAAACCAAGUUUUCCUGCGGCCGCGUCCAGCUGAGCAUCUCGUUUGAGACCAAAAAAGACGCGAUCAACGGGUCCGACUCGGAGGAUCCGGAUGCGGUGACGCCGACGCUGCGCCCGCUCACGGCCGUGGUCAUGCCCCUCUCCAAGACAGUCCUCUCGAAGGAAAAGUCGUACCGGGACACGCGCCGCGACAACCACACGUUCCGCGUCGGCAACACGACGUUUGACAUCCCGAAGCGGUACCAGAUGAUCAAGGCGGUCGGGCAAGGCGCGUACGGCUGCGUCAUCGCCGCCAGCGACACGGAGACGGGCCAGAGCCUCGCGAUCAAGAACGUUCCGAACGCGUUCAACGACCUCGUCGACGCCAAGCGCAUUCUGCGCGAGAUCCGGCUCAUGCGCCAUUUGAACCACCCGUACUUGGUCAACCUCGUCGACCUCAUUCGCCCGUCGUCAUUGCGCGAGUUUAACGACGUGUACAUUGUGACCGACCUCAUGGAAACCGAUCUGCACCGCGUGAUUCACUCGAACCAGUCGAUCACGGACGACCACAUUCAGUACUUUCUGUACCAGAUGCUGGUCGCGAUCAAGUACGUGCACUCGGCCGAAGUGCUGCACCGCGACCUGAAGCCGAGCAACAUCCUCGUCAACUCGGACUGCGACGUCAAGCUCUGCGACUUUGGCCUCGCGCGCGGCGUGAACGGUGUCGACGCGGGCUUGACCGAGUACGUCGUGACACGCUGGUACCGCGCGCCGGAGCUCCUCCUCUCGUCCAAGUACGACAAGCCCAUGGACGUGUGGGCGAUCGGGUGCAUCUUGGCCGAGAUGAUUGGCCGGCGGCCGCUCUUCCCUGGCCAGGACUACCUCCACCAGCUCAAGAUCAUCAUGGACGUGGUCGGGUCGCCCGAAGAGGCGCAACUCGACUUUAUCACCAACCCCAAGGCGAAGCGGUUCAUCUUGCGGCAACCAAAGAAGCCACGCGUGCCGCUGUCGUCGAUCUACCCGCGCGCCACGUCGCUCUGCCUCGACUUGCUCGAGAAGAUGCUCAGCUUUGACCCGCGCACGCGCAUCUCGAUUGAGGAGGCGCUCGAACAUCCGUACUUGACCCAAGUGCGCGACGCGUCGGUCGAGACGACGUGCCCGGUGCCGUUCGACUUUAGCUUUGAAGACUGCGAGCUCACGCGCAAGAAGCUGCAGGAGCUCAUCUUUGAAGACGUCUGCCACUUCCACCCCGAGACGCUCGAGGAAGGCGGCAGUGGCGACGCCGUCGUGUAGGGUGUAGUAAAGAGAAAAGAACACGGGUCUAUAUUUG